CUAUGGAAGGAUCGUGUCUUUGAGGUCUGGGUCUGCUCCCUUGGAUUAGCUAAAUUUGGUUUCUUUAUACCUUUUGUGCAUAUGAUUAAACUUGCUGGUGACUUGGGUAUUUCACCGCAUGAUGCAUCCUAUAUCAUGGUAGGAAUUGGAUUAACCAGCAUGAUUAGUUGUAUUUUAUUCGGAAAAAUAUGUGAUAUGGAAAGAAUCAACCGGUUGUAUGUUAAUCAAGCAUCCAUACUGUCUGUUGGUAAGAGUUGGAGCAUUCUGAGUAAGCUUCAGUGUUUGUUAGUUAAAGACUGACUAGCAAGGAGCUAGUUUGUGCUACUAAGGCACCUCUCCUGAAUAUGGAUUGUGUCAGCACAUUGCAGCCGAAGACUGAAUGAUGUAAAGUUUUGUUCCCUCAUGAUGAUCCAGUUCGGGGCCUCACACAUGCUGAAGCGACCUUCUUCACUUAUAUCCCUAGCUCAGUGUUCCCAACCUUUCCAUGGAGAAACCCCUAAAUUAAUGUUUUGAAAGCCAAUGAACCUCUACCUACAAAGAUGUUUAUGGGACAGACAAAGUUGAUGGUGGUGAACACAAUUCAAUUGUUGCUCAAUUAUUGUCAAGAAUAUUUAUUUGUAAAAAGCUGCUCUCUUGCUCUCCUUCAUCUUAUACACUGGGGAGGCAGGAGGGAUCACAGAGAGAAUGCCAAGGGAAACAAAAAAGUCAGGAGAAGGGGACAGGUGAAUCUUCCUGUGGAGAGAGUUCUGCUGCCAUUACAGAAAAGGCCCUCUCAGGUUGCCAUCUGCCUAAUCUAAGUAUGUGGAGGUAGCUGAAGCAGGUCAUCCAAAGCUGACUGCAGUGGUCAGGUAGGUUCAUAAGGGAAUAGUUGGUCCUUCAGGUAUGUUUGUCCUAAACCAUAGGAGUUUAAAUGUCAGCACCAGCACCUUGAAUUGUGCCCAGAAACAGAUUGGCAGUCAGUGUAGAUGAGCCAAAACUGGAGUGAUAUGUUCCCUUUACCAGUCCGUUCAACAUCCUGGCUGCAGCAUUCUGCACCAAUUGAAGUUUUUGACCUUUUUUCAAGGACAGCGCCACAUACAGUGCAUUGCAGUAAUCUGAUUUAGAUGUAACUAGGGCAUGCACCACAGUGGCCAGAUCUUUUUUCCCCAGGAAAGGCCACAGCGGCCACCUGGGCAGUAGACUUGGGUACAAGAGCAUCCCAGACUACAGACCUAUUCCUUCAAGGGAACACAACUCAAUCCAGCAUGGUGACAUUAAAUCCCGGGUCAGACCUUCCACUCACCAGUAACACUUCUGUUUUGUCAAGAUUAAGCUUCAGUUUGUUAGCCUGCAUCAACUCCAAAACUACCUCCAAGCACUGGUUCAGGGUUUCUACAGCCUUUUUGGAAUCAAUUGGAAGUACGAAGUAGAGCUGAGCGUCAUCUGCAUAUUGAUGACAACACAGCCUAAAUAUCUGGAUGACCUCACUCAUUUGUUUCAUAUAGAUGUUAAAAAGUAUGAGGCACAGAAUGGAAUCUUGUGGGACCCCAAAGGCCAAGGGACUAAGCAGCAGUCCCCCAGCACCACCUUAUGAAACCUACCCUCUAGGUAGGACCAGAACCACCACAGAACGAUGCAUCCCAAUCCCAACUUGGAAAGGCGGCCCAGAAGGAUACCAUGAGUGAUGGUAUCGAAAGCUGCUGAGAGAUUCAGGAGAAUUAACACAGAUGCAUUCCCUCUGUCAAUCUCCUGAUGCAAGUAAUCCACCAGGACAACCAAGGCUGUUUCAGUCCCAUAACCAGGCUUAAAACCAGAUUGGAAGGGAUCUAAACAAUUUGCCUCAUCCAUGAAUGCUUGAAAUUGUUCAGCCAAAUUCAAUCACCUUGCAAGGAAUGGAACAUUUGAGACUGGACGAUAGUUAUUGUGUUCUUCUGGGUACAGGAAGGCUUCUUUAGAAGUGGAUGCACCACAGCCUAUUUCAAGGCUCAUACAACCUUUCUACAGAAGAAAGCCAUUAAUUUUCAUCAGCAUGGUAAGAAAAUAUUACCAAUGCCAAAUACUAACCUAGUAAACAGAACACAGAGUGGUCAGUAAGAAUACAUUCAUGUACUGUAAUAGUAGCUGCGCAGGUACAGAGACAGAGGCGGUUUUCACACUACUUACUUGCUUCCGGAACAUCGCAAAAUGUAGUGCAAAAACCGCAGGAGAUAGCAUCUUCUCAAGAGAGUUUUGCGCGACAUCGUGCAAGUAAGUAGUGUGAAAACGGCCAGAAUUUGGAUUUUAAAGCAUCUCUUGAGGAAUGUUUAUAUACUCUCUUGAGUUUCAUUAGCAAUUUGCUACCGGGGAUUCCUGUUUGAGGAACAAAUUUGUGAGUGGGGCUAAUUGUAGAGUUCUUACAAUAUCUUGCUAGUUGAACUUUUAUAUGUCAUUUUCACAGGACAGUCAUCUACAUAUUCUCUAUGUACAUUUUAACAUUUUGUUUUGUUUUUCAGGAGUUGUGAACUUUAUUAUUCCUUACUGCAAAAACUUUUCCUCUCUAGUAGCUAUUUGCUCUCUUUGGGGUUUUUUUGAUGCAGGAAAUUACGUUCUCUUACCAGUUCUUACUUUUGAUUUGAUGGGGCCAGAGAAAAUGACUAUUGCAUGGGGAUUUAUGAUGGCUGUCAAUGCUAUCAGCUGUUUUGGUCCACCAUUUGCAGGUGGAAUGUAUGACUUGUUUGGAAAUUACAACAUUGGCUUUAUAGUAACUGGAAUUUGCAACAUUGCAGCUGCUAGUAUUCUUGCUUUUAUUCCCUGGCUGACAAAUGCAGCAACACAAUCAAAGAAAAACUAUCUUAAUGCUUCUGUGUGUGAAGUAACAAAGACCAUACUUCCUUGGCAGUCACCAAGUUCUUCAUUAGGGAGUAUAACUUCCUCAUUCAUGGAAUCACGACGUGUUUCUCUUGAAGGUUCUGAACACAGUUUAUCAAAGUAUUCAGAAAAACCAAGUGUGAAGUCAAUAAAAAGCAUACUCAAGUCAGAAGUAACAUCUUUUAAAAGUGUAACUUUGACAGAACCGGGGUCCUCUACACCCCACAGAAAAGAAGAUGGUGUCAUUUUUGUAGAUGUUGAAAAACAUGACAGUGCUCUGUUUGAGCAAGUUGAGAGUACAACUGAUUUGACACCAAUGGAAGAUGAGCACAAAUCAGAAACAGCAUCUUUUAAAGGUGUGACUUCAGCAUCUAUAAAACAAGCAGAACAUGAUACCUCUUCUUCCCACAGACAAGAUGUUGAAAAAUAUGACAGCGUUCUAUUUGAGCAAGUUGAGAGUACAGCUGAUUUGACACUGAUGGAAGAGGAGCCCAAAUCAGAAACAGCAUCCUUUAAAGGCAUGGCUUCAGCAUCUAUAAAACAGACAGAGCAUAUUCCCCACAGAAAAGAAGAUGGUGUAGCUUUUUUAGGAGUUGAAGACUAUGACAGUGAUCAAGAGCAGUUUGAGAGUACAACUAGUUUGACACCAAGGGGUGAUCUAAAUCUAGCCACAUCAGAAACAUUACCUUUUAACAGAGAAACAUUAGCAUCUACCAAACAGGCAAAGGGAAUUUCUCAUAGAAAAGAAGAUGGUGUGGCGUUCUUAGACCUUGAAGACUCUGAUAGUGAUCAACAGGAGCAGCUUGAAAGUACAACUGAUUUGAGGCCAUUGGAAGAUCUAAUCACAUCAGAAACAUCAUCCUUUAAAAGGGGACCUGCAGCGUUUGUGAAACAGGCAAAAGGCAUUCCCCAUAGAAAAGAAGAUGGUGUGGCGUUCUUAGACCUUGAAGACUCUGAUAGUGAUCAACAGGAGCAACUUGAAAAUACAACUAAUUUGUGGCCAUUGGAAGAUCUAAACACAUCAGAAACAUACUUUAAAAGAGGACCUGCGGCAUUUGUGGAACAGGCAAAAAGCAUUCCUCACAGAAAAGAAGAUGGUGUAGCUUUCUUAGACAUUGAAGACUCUGAUAGUGAUCAACAAGAACACCUUGUUGAAAGUACAACUGAUUUGCGGCCAGUAGAACAUCUAGCCACACCAGAAACUGAGUCUUCCAGAAGUGUAAUAUCUGCAUCUGUUCAACAGACAGAACCCUUGUGUUCUACUCUACGCAGAAAGGGAGAUGAUGUACCCAUUUUACCUGGUGAAGUCUGUGAUCAUGAUCAGCAACAGCAAUAUAAGAGUAUACAUGCAUUGAGCUCAGUGGAAGAUCUGGCCAAAUCAGAAAUGGCCUCCAUAAAAAGUGAAACCCCAACAUCUGUAAAAGAGGCAGAGCAUGUUCCCCACAGAAAAAAAGAUGAUGUGUCCAGUGCUGAUGAUGAAAAUGAAAAACGAUCAGAAUUAAUCAGCAGUACCAAUGAUUAGCUAUAAAUCUGAAUUCUUGCCAAUAAUAUUUUGUUACUGAAUAGCAGUUAUAAAGUCUUUUUUUCUCAAAGACAUAAAAUAUGAGAUGGUAGGAAUGCAUGACUGGAUCUUGCCCCCCCCCCAAAUUAAAAGCAGCAGUGGCAUCGGGAGUUUGAACCUAAUCAGAGUAGUAGUGCUGUGGUGGGUAAACCUUCCCCUCAGCAGUAUUUUCCCAGUCUAGAUUGCCACUUUGAAUUUGUUAUAUAUCAUCUGGGGUAAAACAUACAUUACCAUAUGGUGUCUGUAUGUUUUUCACUAUGAAACAAAUAGUAACUUGGUAGAUCUACAGUGCAAUUUGAUGCAGUUGCACCAGUCUAAGUCCAUUGAUUUUAAUGCCUGUACUGGAGUUACUCUGUAUGAUUGCACUGCCAGAUCAGAAAAAUGGUGAUCUGAGAGCCUCUGUAGCUGAUUCUAACUUUUUAAAAACUGGGAAUUUCAAUUACAGAUCUACUGUAUUAUAUAGUUCUAUUUCAAUAGUGCUUCACUUUUGUAACUCAUAUAUAGAAUAAUCUGAAAAUAGAGGAUUCUUAAUACAGAUUAAAUAAAUUGAUACUGCUUUUUCAAAUAUAAAUAAGGCCUUUACCAUGUUGUAGAAAGAUUGACCUGUGAUUAACAGCUUGUGCUUGAACAAAAUAUAUUUGAUUGUCUUAAGAUUUUUCACAGUUGCAAGCCAUAAAAACAUAUUUCAAAGAAAAGAUUUUAUCUAUCAUUUUGCUCAUGUAUGUAGAUAUUUUCUCCUGAAUUGGGGAUAUCCAAGGAAGUGUAAUAGUAUACUGGAUUUAUGAGCAAUGUACUGACAAAGCAGUAUGAAGAGAUCAAAUCGGAGUCCAGAAUGGGUAAUUUAUAGAUUUUUUUUUUGUGCAACUCCACAACUCCAGCUCUUCUCUUUCACCCAAGAAGUCUUGAAUGUCCACUGCUGUUCUUCCAUCUUUUUAUUAUGUUCAUGACAUGAGGUUCCUGGACAAUUGCCUUCAUGUCUCCAAGACUUUAAUUAUAAUUAUAAUGUAGCCUUGACAAUUCAUUUUGUAGUUAUCACACUCUUUCGGCCUCUUCUCAAGUUUAACUUUUGCUUCUACCGCAUUGUAGCAGAUGAGACUAUUUUUUCUUGUGCCUUCUUUCAACCUAUCUUGCUAAAAGAAUGCUGUAGACAUUUCCCACAGAAAUGAAGGUGGUGCUGCAUUUACCAGAAUGAAUAAGCAAUAUAGUGAGACAUGAUUAUUUAACAAAGAUUGUAUGCCUUGCUAGCACUGUUACACUGUAUGCUUUUUGAUGGCUUUACAGAAAUCAUUUUUUCUUGAAUGUACAUAUUUUAAUAGUGCUUUAUGUAACUCAGAUGCAAAUAAAUUUGAAAAUGUAA